AGUCUUAGAGCACCAGCUGAGCAAUGCACAGAGCAGUCCUGUAACCAACUUACAUCAUCUUCAGCAUGAAGACAGCCACGGUGCCAAUGCUUCUCACCCUGGCAUUUUAUCUCACACAAGAUGCCUCCAGUUGGAAAGGAAAUCAGGACCCAUGCAUGAAAUUUCGAGCACUGAUGAAAAAUGGGACACUGUCAUGUCCACAAGGCAACAAUUCUUCUCAAAGUCUCAAUGACAUUAUUUUCCAAAGUGAAUGCAUCUUGUGCAAAAAAACACUAGAACAAGAAACAAAUACCAAGGACAUGGUGAUGGUGAGGUUUUUGUCAAGAGCCACCAGGGCCACUGCCCCAGCAAAGUUGAAUUGUGAGAACUUCAAGCAAAGAAGAAAAGAUGGGGAUUUCAUCUGUCCAUCUGAUGCUUCUGCAGUUUGUGGCACAGAUGGGAAAACGUACCCCAGCAGAUGUCACCUGUGUGCUGAGAAUGCGAAAAGCCAGAGCCAUGUUGAAGUAAAAAGUGAAGGUGAAUGUGGCAGCAGCCACCUAGAGACGGAUAUGUGCAGUGAUUUUCGGGCCUACGUGCAAGAUGGAAGACUCGGAUGUACAAGGGAAAAUGAUCCAAUCCGUGGUCCUGAUGGGAGGACACAUGGCAAUAGGUGUGCCAUGUGUGCUGAGCUCUUUUUAAAAGAAGCUCAAGUAAAUGCCACACGUGACAGAGAAAGCAGAAUUCGGAGAGAUGCCGAGGAGGAACUUUGCAAGGAAUUUGAAAACCAAGUGAGGAGUGGAAGACUCUUUUGUACCCGAGAAAGUGACCCAAUCCGUGGCCCUGAUGGCAAGAUGCAUGGGAACAAGUGUGCCCUCUGUGCUGAGAUAUUCAUGAAGCGUUUUACAGAAGGAAAAGAUAAAGCAGAGACAAAACAGAGAGAUGCUGAAGAAAGGGCUAAAGCUAAAAUGGAAAUUAGGAAACGAUGCAGUGAAUUCCAGGAUCGUGCAAAGAAUGGAACACUGUUCUGUACCAGAGAAAAUGAUCCUAUUCGUGGUCUAGAUGGAAAAACACAUGGCAACUUGUGUUCCAUGUGCCAAGCUUUCUUCAAAACAGAAGCUGAAGAAAAGAAGGCUGAAGCUGGAACCAGAAACAGAAGAGGGUCUGAAAAAUCAGAAACAUAUGCAAAGCUAUGUGAUGAAUUUCGGAAGGUCAGAAAGAAUGGACAACUAUAUUGCACCAGAGAGAAUGACCCAGUCAGGGGUCCUGAUGGGAAAAUCCAUGGGAACAUAUGCUCCAUGUGUCAGUCUUUCUUUAUUCAAGAAGACAAAGCAAGAGCAAAGGUUAAAAGAGAAGCUGCAAAGGAAAUGUGCAGUGAGUUCCAGGACCAAGCAAAGAAUGGAAUGCUCAUUUGCACCAGAGAAAAUGACCCUGUUGUUGGCCCAGAUGGAAAAACACAUGCAAACAAGUGUGCAAUGUGUGCAAGUGUGUUUCUACUAGAAGAAGAAGAGAAGAAAAAUGAUGACAAAGGGGAAAGGGAGAAGGCUGAGGCUGGAAAGACGAAGAGAGAAGCAGUGCAGAAUCUAUGUAGUAAAUAUCGUACCUUGCUAAAAAAUGGGCGGCUCCCCUGCACCAAAAAGAAUGACCCCAUUGAGGGCCUGGAUGGGAAGAUCUAUGCAAGUACCUGCUCCAUGUGUGAGGCCUUCUUCCACCAAGAAGCGAAGAAAAAUGAAGCUGGCUUCGGAGCAAAGGCUAAAAGAGAAGUUAAGGUUGAUUGCAGUGAAUUUCUGACUCUUUUAAGAGGUGGAGAACUCUUUUGCACACGAGAAAAUGACCCUGUGCGUGGCCCAGAUGGCAAGACCCAUGGCAACAAGUGUGCCAUGUGCAAGGCUGUCUUUGAGAAAGAAAAUGAAGAAAGGAAGAGGAAAGAAGGGGAAAACCAGAGAAUUGCUGCAGGGCAGAGUUCCGGUGGUGGGAACCAGAAAGCUAAGGAUGAAUGUGCUCAAUAUUGGGAAAGCAUGAAAAAUGGAGAACUUAGCUGUACUCGGGAGAGUGACCCUGUACGUGGUGCUGAUGGGAAACCAUACAACAAUAAAUGUGUCAUGUGUAAAGAACUACUGCGGAGAGAAAUGGAGGAAAAAAAUAAAAAUUCUGCCUCAAGGUCAAAUGGGACUGAAACAAGAAAGGAUGUAUGCGACCAGUUUAGAAACCAAAUGAAAAAUGGGAAACUCCUGUGCACUCGGGAAAGCGACCCUACCCGGGGUCCAGAUGGCAAGACCCAUGGCAAUAAGUGUGCCAUGUGCAAGGAGAGAUUGGAAAGAGAAGCUGCUGAAAAGAAAAAGAAAGAGGAUGAAGACAAGAGAAACACAGGAGCAAACAAGAGCAAUAAGAAGGAUCAGUGUCAUGAAUUCCGGAGCAUGCAGCUAAAUGGAAGGCUGAUCUGCACCCGAGAAAAUGAUCCCAUUCGAGGUCCAGAUGGCAAGACACAUGUAAACAAGUGUGCCAUGUGUCAGAUGAUGUUUGAGCAUGAAGCCAGUGAAAGAAAAAUGAGACAUGAAGAAAACUCACGCUCCCAGUCCACAAAUGAGGCAGAGGACAACUGUGGAGAAGUUCAUAACACAGCACAGGAUGUCAAACCCAGGCAGGCCAGGAGUUCUUUGCCCUCCAUACGUGGGAUCAGUGAAGAUGAGUGCAGCAAUUUUCAAAAUCUCAUAAGUAAUGGAAAGCUUAUCUGUCCAGAAAUGGAUGAUCCAUUGCAUGGUGCUGAUGGAAGCUUUUAUCAGAACAAGUGCAACAUGUGCAGAGAUGUCCUUGAAAAAAAAGCUUUAGAAAGGUCAGGAUUUCAAGAAAAGUCAUCACAAAUUAGAUCUACUAAAGAAGAUGGUCCAGAAUUUUCCAGCUCCUCUCUGGACUCUCACAUGUGCAAAAACUACCGAAUAUUACCCAGGGUGGGAUAUCUUUGCCCAAAGAAUCUAAACCCUGUCUGUGGUGAUGAUGGCCAAACAUAUGCCAACCCUUGUAUGCUCUGUCAUGAAAACUUGAUGCGUCAGACUAAUACACACAUACAUAAACAAGGAACAUGUGAGGAGAACAGUAACCUGGAAGCAGUGUCUGCUGGCACACUUGCCUCUGAAAAAAUGAUGCAAUGAUUGGUGAAAUCACAGAGAAAAAGCUAAGCUUCGAUUCUGAACUGCCUGUCUUUACCAACUGUGUAUAUAAAGAAUUCUUCAAACUCAUCUUUUUACUAUAGACAAUAAUACAGAGCUGUUGGUACUGGACUCAACUGGUUUUCAGUCUUUCCAUCUCUUUCCUUCUAGACUCAGUGAUCUGAGGAUGUGCAGAAAUCUCCACUCAGUCUAUGCUCUGGAAAUCUGAUCACAAUAUUGUCUAUCCAGCUGCCUGUUUAAUAAAAGUAGACACUCAGCAGAACAUCCUUCUGGGGAUUUGUUUAUCACUGCUAGAAAAUGGGAAUAUUUUUUAAUAGUAGCUGAAUAUAUGGUGCCCUUUGUCUUACGAAACACAGUAGUAGGCAAGUUGUUGCCAUCAUUGAAGAGGUGGGGCAAUAUGGGCUCUCAGGCAGCCAAUAUAUGUGUGAAGCUACCUGUUAGCAUAUCCCUUAACUAGUGUCUGUAUUUCCAUAAACAUCAUACCUCAAUUAUAUAAUUGACAUAAUCUCAUAUCUAAUUAUUUACCUAUUCAUAAUUGUUUUUUUUAAUUUUUGAGAUUAUCCCAUUGCUUUCUACAUACAAUGUGGGAAAAACAAAGGAAAUGAAUCUACAAAUAUAUGUAAAUCUCUAGAUUGUCAAUCUCUAACAUAAAUGUUGUAUGAUAUAUAUAUAAUUUAAAUUUUUAGUUGUUAACAAAACAACUAGAUAAAAAUAAUUAUAAUUAUAUUAUCUAGCCCUAUAUAUCACUCACUAAGUCAACUAAUACAACUAUUUUAUUUAAUAAACCUUUGAUACUGAUGUGUAUUUUCCACUAUUAGUACCUCUAGUGUGGACCAGUCAUAUUUCAAGUGUUCACUGGCCACAUGGAGAUGGAGGUGGCUAUAGUGGAUAAUGUAGCUAUACCAUGAUACCAUGGAAUAACAGAGAUGGGAAAUCUGAGAAGGAAUACAUGUAUUGGAUAGGGAUGACAUUAAACCAAACUUGUGGCUUCAGGAUCUCUGAUGAAACUCUGCUACUCUCAGAGUUUAGUUGCUGGUUUUCUGUGGCGGUUUAGGUACCAGAUGCACACCAGAAAGUUCAGAGAAUCUUACAUACCUCCAGCCACUCUCAGCUACAGAAAAAACAUGUUCAGAGUGAGACUGACCUAUCUGGAUCUAGGAAGUUAUUUUUGUAUUUUUUCUCUGCUCUUUUGUUUUUAUAAAUAAAUCUCCACUAAACUAAA